AUGGUCUUGUUACCAGGCGACGUGCCGGGGCUGAGAUUUGCCUGCACGGCCCCCUUCGAGGACGGGAACUACUUGUAUGUAAACGCGUACCGGACAACUGUCUGGAGUCCGAACGCGGGUUCGAAUCCGAGUAAUGUUGCAAGCAGCGUGGGUGCAAGUGGGCGUGUGCGACAAGACCGGUUGCGACUAGACCGAGCGGCGGUAUACCUACCCAAGUUAGGCGAAGUGGUGGUGGGGCAAGUAACUAAGCGGUUGCCCGAGUUUUACAAAGUGGACAUUGGGGCAAGUAAGGAGGCGCUACUAUCUGUGACGGCAUUCAACGGCGCCACAAAACAGAACGCGCCCAACCUGGAGGUCGGGGACGCCGUCAUUGCAGGUGUGUGUGUGGCACACACACAUCAUGAACUGCUACUCACCUGUGUGGUAGCCAAUGAACCCAAGACCUGGUCCAGCCGCGAGUGCUACCUGGGCCCCCUCGGCAACACCGGCCUCCUAUUCCGAGUCCCGCUCCACCAUGCACAAAUUCUCAUCGCCACAGACUGCUCCCUUCUACACCUCAUCGGACAGAUCAAACCCUUCGAAAUCGCCACCGGCAUAAAUGGAUUGUAA